AUGGAGGAUGGCAAAUAUUGGUACUUUGCAAAAAAUACACAGUUAAAACUGGUUACAGGGUGGCACUACGACAAUGCGAAGGGAAUGGAGAUCAAGGAAGGUUGUGAAUUCCCCGACAAGCACAAGGGAAGAAUUACAGCUGAGGCUGUGGUCUUGGUGGAGCGUACAAUAGAGUGGCUAGUACAGAACAAAAUUUGUAUGGAGAUAUCAAAACCUGUUGUUUCUCCCCUCUUGGUUGGAAAGGAAGGCCGACAGAGGGGGUUGGGGGGUUGCAUAUGGGACUACAAUGGACCAACGGGUUUGGAUGCGAUUGGAACUGAGCUAGCGGCCAUAAGGAAGGGUCUCUUUCUAAUGCAAGCCAACAAUAUUGGGAAUGUGGUGGAGGAUAUUCGUCGACUCAUGGUGGACUUGGCGGUUUCAAGAGUGCUCUUUCAACUCUGGUCCAGCAAUGGAGUGGCGCAUGCAUUGGCACAGUUUGGAUUAUCGGAAGGGACUACUUUUGUUUGGGAAGAUGUCGCUUCGCCUUGGCUGGAGUCGAGCCUUGCCAGAGAUAUGGAGUUAGGCCAGGUUUUUAUGUAUUUAGUUCAUGUCGGAGGCGAUGCGGCACUCUUUUUCCUUGACCGGAUUUUCCCCCUUGGGGGACCCGACCCAAAUUCCACUUUGGAAUCCGAGCCAAACCUUAUGCGUGUCCGACACCUGGCGGGUGCUGGGCACAAAUGA